AGAGCCUAGAUGAACUCAGUCCCAUCUUCAAUAGACACAUGACUCAUGUUUAUGACUAUGUCGAAAAGAACUGGAAGGAGGAUGAGUUUUUCGGGUUCCAGCUUCUGAACGGCAUCAACCCCAUGAUGAUCCAUCGCUGCUCCAAGCUUCCAGAGAACUUCCCCGUCACAGAAGACAUGGUGAAGGCUUCCCUUUUUGGAAAAAGCCUUGAGGAGGAAAUUCAGAAAGGCAAGUCUUUGGUUGACUACAAGCGCCUGCAUGGAGUGACUGCAAACGUGAUCAACGGGAAACAGCACUUCUUGGCUGCUCCUCUCUGCUUGCUCUACAUGACUCCAGAAGAUUAAGCUAUGCCAUCGCAAUCCAGCUGAAGCAGGAUCCUGGAAAGACAACCCCAUCUUCCUUCCUACUGACUCUAAGUAUGACUGGCUUCUGGCCAAGAUCUUUGGAGGAACGCGACUUCGCUGAACAGAGCUGAACUUUCACCUGCUGAGGACUCACCUGCUGGCUGAGGUGUUUGCCAUGUCGACACUGCGUAACCUACCAAUGGUGCAUCCCCUCUACAAGCUCCUGAUCUCUCACUUCCGCUACACUCUGCAGAUCAACACUCUGGCUAGACAGGCC